UCAAUUGAGUCUCCCAUUAAGCAAAUCAAUGGAAGGAGGAGGGGGAUUCCUUCGCAAUUGAAAAUAAUUCCGUUGCGGCCUCUCCCAGUGUCAGAAUUCAUUAAUAUUUAUAUCAGUAUUUGUAGUCGUGAAAUGAAAACAUUUACGAAAAAUAUUCAUUAGCAGAUUUCUUGAAGACUUUACUUUCUGUACUCUGCAUUUUUAUUGGUGGAUUUUUUUUUUUGAGAAUGAAAAUACGAUUUUGCUAAUUGGGUUUUAAGUUCAAAACUUGUAUAAUGGAGGAGGGGAAAUAAAAGAAAAAAGAAGGAAAGAAGGAAAUUAAGAAAGUAGAAAAUGAAGAAACGAGAAUAAGUUUGAUUUUAAAUCUGCGAAACAUUUUUCAGCGUCCAAAUAAGAAAGUUUGUUUCCCUCUUGUCGAUAACGAGGAUAAUAGCGGAAAAAAGUGAUUUCAAACGUGAAACGUUUAAUAAAAGUGACAAAUAAAAAAAAAGAAGAAAAAGAAGAGAGGGAGAAACUUUGGUGAAUGUGAGACGACUUUUCCCCAGGCUCUCCUUUCUUCUUUCACGAGUGAAAUUAGUCAUUCGCAACAAGUGUAUCGUAUCGUUGAUAUAACGACUCACCGAGAUCAGCGACUUUGCCGCGCAUGGAUAAUUAACCUAUAUGCACUUUCUCUCUUGUUUAUGCUCCCAUUUCCUGUUUCUCUCUUUCUUUCUCCUCUCACCACCCCCAAAGCACCCACGCUUGUAUCGUACAAUUGAAAAUCUCGUCCAUCGAUGAUAUUCCCAACAGGACAGCGCGAUUAAUUUCGCAAAAAGCUCCUCCCUCUCCUUCCCUCAAAUUUUCAAACCCAACCUCUGCUCAAUCGAAUCUCAUCAACUUUUAAUCAUGGAAAAGCCCUUUAAUACAUGCGGUAUCAUCAUUCAGGCAUGAUAUUCAGCAAAAGUUUUCGCGAUGAAUACAAAAAACUGAUUCAAAUGGUUCUAAAUAAGAAUACACUGUUGAAUAGAGUUGGUUUUAUUAUCCAAAUGUCAUUAGGAAUUUGCUUCUAAUACACGUGGGAAUUUUUUUGUGCCUCUUUUUUGUUCCUUUCUCGAUGUGGAAAAAGAAGAAAAAUUUGUGCGGUUUCUGAUUGAAGAAAACUUCUAUAGUCAAAUUUUGCCAAUUUCAAAGGAAGACUUUUCUCUAGGAAAAUAGAAUUGUUUUCUUUCCCAGAGGAAAAGUGUUUAGAAAAGUGUUUUUUCCGAAAAUCUGUAUAUUAAUGAAUUAAAUGUGAAAGAAGAAGAGAUCGGUGAUUGGACCGAGAAAUUAAAUUUAAGUGCAGUUUUGUUUUUAUAACAGUUUGUGGGUUUUAAUAAAGAGACUGUGUUUGGACUUGUUAAAAAUUGAAAUUGGGAAGAAGGGACCUAGUUGUUGUUUGAAAAGGGACAAUUAGCGUGAGACUUUGAAACAAUAGUGUGAGUGCAAAUGAAUUCGGUGAAUAAUGUGAGCCACAUUGGUCGGAACCUUGUGCUUCCUGACUUGGGCAAGCAAACGCAAAUGUACAGCCGUGCAUUCGUUCAUUUAAAUACGUUAGAAUGUGAGGCACUCUACCGGAAGAACCCUCACACGUCGAAUCGGUGUUGAUAAAAUUAAAUGAUGGUUCACGUUUCACGUCGACGAGAGUGUAAUAAAACUUCCGUCAGCAUGGAUGCCUGUAAACAUAGAGGGAUUAUCUAUGCUUAUUUCGUCUGGUUAAUCAUCGACACCGUUGCUGCCGGUCGUAUUUUCGAUGUAACGAAUCCACCGAUAAGAGACAUCAUUGUCGAGGCGGGAAAAAACGUGACAUUAGAUUGUCCCGGUGUGACGGAACAGUCUCUCAUAUCAACAUUGGAAUGGCGUGCGAAUAGUGUGUUAAUAGUCGAAUACAGUAGUAGUAGUACAACGGUCUCAAAUCAUCGCGAUCGUGUUUCGUUUUUUCCGAAAAAUUUCACUCUACUCUUCCAUCCAGUGGCAUCGACUGACAGCGGCGACUACCAAUGUAUUGUAAACAACCGCAAAACACCGGAAACUAUAUUGAGAAUCAUCGUACAAGACGUACCGGAUGCACCUGAACGUCCAAUGGUGAAAUCGUUUACCUCCCGUUCAGUUGAACUCUCCUGGGCUCCAAGCGCAAAUUUUCACAACAAUCCGAUUUCACAUUAUGUCGUUUAUGUCCGAGUUGGAGAGCCUGGCGACUGGGACGAGCAAAAUUGGAUAAAAACUCCAGACGACAACACAACCUACACCAUAAAAAAUUUAACGCCCUACACUGUUUAUAGUUUUCGAGUAUCAGCCGUCAACGCAAAAGGUCGCAGCAAACCAAGUCGUGAGACUUACUACAUAUUCACCCUGCGUGAAGUUCCUGAAGGAAAACCUACAAUUACCUUGGCCCAUAAUACAUCAGCCUCGUCGAUAUUUAUCGCGUGGAAACCACCAAAUCACGAUACGAUCCAUGGUGAAUUUCUCGGAUACAGAAUUUCUUAUCGGCCACGAAGCAACAAAGGCUACGAAGAUAUAGAGGAGAAGGAGAUUUACAUCCGUGAUCCCACCAUUGAGAGCCACACCAUCCACAACUUGGAAACAUACACCCAGUACUUAGUUUCUUUAGAAGUUUUCAAUCCAGAAGGUCGAGGCCCACCAACUUCGGUUACUGUCACCACAGACGAAGGGGUUCCGAGUAAACCGCUAGAUCUUAUUGCACGUGGAAUUACAUCCUUCACCAUAGAUUUAUCGUGGUCCAAACCUGAGCACGCGAAUGGGGUCAUAACAGGCUAUCGAAUUUACUACAUGCAUUCCAAUUUUACUGAUGUUAAAACGCACAAAAUUGCCGAUGAAGAUCCGAAGAGCAUCGAUUUCACCCUCGACGAACUUCUUCCUUUCACCGAAUACAAUAUAUGGGUUAAAGCCUUCACGUGGAAAAAUGAGGGUGAACCAUCGGAUCAUAUUAUGCAAAAAACUGAUAUUGCUGGACCAAUUUCUCCUGUUAUUCUUAAUCUCACUUGCCAAUCGGAGGAUGCAAUUUAUGUGCAUUGGGCACGUCCUGCUACCUAUUGGAAUUCCGUCGAUUAUUAUUACAUAAAUUAUCGUGCUGAAAAUGCAAGGGAUAAUGAUGAAAUUGAACUUUCAACUGCCACGAAUUAUCUCGAGAGCGGGACGACAAUCACAAAUCUGACGAUGAACGCAAUUUACGAGGUCACUGUACAAGGAGCGACUAGAAGUGUGAUAAAUCCCUCGGACAUUAUUCGUGGGGAAAGUACUUUGGCAAGAAAAGUCCUUCUUGCUCGCGAUUGUGACAAAAGUCCACCAUUGAUGAGACGAAGCAGCAAAGAAUUAAGCGCUGGCGUUAUUGCCGGAAUGGUUUGCGCCUGUUUUGCCGUGAUGCUGGCAAUUACAUCUUUUAUUCUCUGGAGGCCAUGUGGUAGGCCCGUUUUCAGAAAGUGUUUUCACACCGCCUAUUACUAUUUGGAUUAUCCACCGAGGAAUGUUCCGACACUACAGGAAUGGGAGAAUAGCGAACAGGAUGGCGAGAGAACAGCAGUGGCGGUUCAACAUUUUGCUCAACAUGUUGCCUCGUUACAUGCCGAUGGCGACAUUGGCUUCAGCAAGGAAUAUGAUGUCAUCCAAUCUGACACUGGCGACUACACUGUCGAAAAUUCCCAGUUUGCUGAAAAUAAAGCAAAAAAUAGAUACCUCAAUAUUCUCGCUUAUGAUCACAGCCGAGUUCAAUUGUUGUCAUGUGGAGGUGGACCUCCGAAAAAGGGUCAGGAUUAUGUUAACGCGAAUUAUAUUGAUGGUUGGCAACGAGCUCGUGCGUACAUCGGUACUCAAGGUCCUUUGCCUCCAACGUUCGACGGCUUUUGGCGUAUGGUGUGGGAGCAACGAGUGUCCAUCAUCGUGAUGAUAACUAAUUUAGUCGAGCGCGGUCGUAGAAAAUGCGACAUGUAUUGGCCUAAAGAGGGAACGGAGACCUACGGUUACAUUCAAGUUAGUUUGGCGAAAGAGGACGUCAUGGCGACUUACACGAUCCGCACCUUGCAAAUUCGUCAUCUAAAGCAGAUUAAGAAAAAGAAGAACGGAAACAACAUGGCCGAGAGAACAGUACUUCAGUAUCAUUAUACUGGAUGGCCGGAUCAUGGAGUUCCUGAUCAUCCUCUCCCAGUACUCAAUUUCAUUUGUAAAUCGUCAAACGCCAAUCCACCAGACGCUGGACCAAUUAUUGUCCAUUGCAGUGCUGGCGUGGGUCGCACCGGAACUUACAUUGUGAUUGACGCAAUGCUUCGGCAGGCGAAAAGUAAAGGCGAAAUUAAUGUCUACGGAUUUUUGAAACACAUUCGUACACAGAGAAAUUUUCUCGUUCAAACUGAGGAGCAAUAUAUUUUCAUUCACGACGCUCUUCAAGAGGCAAUCGAGAGCGGCGAAACAAAUAUAGAAGUUAAUAAUUUAGCGAAACACGUGCAAGAUAUGCUGUGCUCUUCGAAUAAUAAAACUAAUCCCUGGAAUAAUUUGGAAGCACAAUAUAAACUUGUAUCGUCUUGGAAACCAAAGGACUUUAAUUUAGUGUCUGCGACGAAGUCGUGUAAUAUUCAUAAAAAUAGAAAUAUGGAAAUUAUUCCUAUUGAAAAUGCUCGCGUUCAUCUUACACCGAAACCUGGCGUCGACGGUAGCGAUUAUAUUAACGGAACGUGGGUUGCUGGUUUCCACCGGAAUCGUGAAUUUAUUAUCACUCAACAUCCCUUGGAGGACACGAUAAUGGAAUUUUGGCAAAUGAUGUGGGACCACAAUGCGCAGACUAUAGUCAUGUUGACGCAAUGCGACGAGGAAUACCCUGAAUUCUGGCCUAUCGAGGGAAAGGAUUUGGAGUCGGAGACAUUUAGAGUGAGAUUGUGUGGAAUUAAGGAGACAGUGAGCGGAGUAGUAUUACGAGAAGUUGCAGUGCGUUCACUGCAGGAUGACUAUGAGCUAAGUGCCAAAAUUGUCCAAGGACCUCUAAAUCAAGGCGGUCCUUGGCCUCAUCAUAACAAUCCGAAAGCUUUUGUCAGCGUCAUUCAAGAUUUUCACAGAGAUUAUCAAAAUGGACCCAUCGUCGUUAUGGAUAGGUUCGGUGGUAUUGAAGCUGGUCUGUUUAUUUUACUUACAACACUCACAAAACAAAUUGAGUUUGAACAGAGCGCAGAUGUUUACAUGUUUUCCAAACUUUUGUAUAUGAAGAGGCCUGGUAUUUUUAGGUCUUUGGAGGAUUACGUUCUGUUGUAUCAGUGCCUUGAGUCAAUGUUAACGUCGGAACCGCGAGUUGAGCCCGAUCUCUACACAAUGGCAAAUGGUCAUGUGACCGGAGUAAAUGAAACAAACGACAUUAGCUCGUUAGUUAUUGAUCCAAAAUUCAUUCCAAGAAAAUUUCAAGUCUAUCGAAAACACGUGCCAGUGGACCAAAAUGGUGAAUAUAUUCCUGAUUAUUCAAUUCCAAUUCAUCUAAGUCACACGAACGAUCAUGGCUGUCCAACGAAUGACGCUUGCUUAGUUCAAAGUGAUCAUGUGCUCACCGAAAGUGCAUCGAUGCAAUUGUGCAAUGCAAAUUUCACGAGUCAUCCAGGCGCGCCAAUCACCAUCGACGUUAAUGGAUGUGUCACUAAUGGCAAUAUGCGAGUGCCACCCGAAGGAAUGGAGGCCCAAUGCAUGAUGGCACCACAAUGAUGGAAUCCAAACUCCUUGCUUGCUAUCCAAAUUAAUUCGGACAGUUCAGAGCAAAGAGUUUGUCUCUAAUCAUUUUUUAUUCUUCUCUACUACCCCUUUUUUUGCCAAACAAAAAUUUAGUGUUAAAAACACUGAAAUGGUGGGAAAAAAGAAAAAACUUUGAAGAGAGUGAAUAUAAAAUAGUGAAAAUAUUUCUGACUCUUUCGAUAAACGAAUGACAUUUUUAAAAUGCGAUCCUCGUUUGAAUGAUGAAUUUUCAUUCGAAUAGGGGUUUUUAUUGUAUAUAUAAAGUUUGAUAUAAUAAUCGAACUAGAUUUUUUUUUUUUUUUUGACCGAAACGUCUUUCUUUUUUACUCAGCGAUUAAUCUCGCGUAUAUUACUUACGAAAAUAAGAGAUUAGAGCGUAAUGUGGUAUCGUUUCCUAGUCCAGACAGAGAACAAAAAGAAAAACAUUUUUAUUCACUGCGAAGAAAAGAAAAAGAUGAAAUCGUUUGUAAAUAUUCGUACGGACCAUCCGACAGAUCUAGUUGCCAAAGAAUUAGGAAAUAAAUAAAUUUUAAGGCGUGAGGCGUAAAACUCGAAUUCGGAUAGGAGGAGGGGAAAUUUAAAUUAACUCAUUUUUUUCCAAAAGGCUCUACAUUUUUUUAGUGGGUCUUUUUUCACACAGUGCGCGAAAUUGCAUUUUUCAAUCUAUGACACUUUUUAUCUUUUUUUCCCCCAUCUAUUUAUAUAUUUUUUUCCUCAUAAAAUUGCUAAUUUUUUUCCAUAAAUUAAAGAAAAAUAUUAAAAUUUCUUCAACUUUAUAACGAAACUUUUCCUAUCCUUCUGAAUUUUCUUUUACGUCAAAAUUAUUAAAGAAAUUUCUUCAAAUCGGUAUUAAAUUAAAUUUUUAAAUUGAAUUGUAUUUAUUUUAUAAGUAGGAAUUUUAUAUUUUCGAUAAUUGUUCUGUUUACGAAAAAACGAAAAAAAAAUUACAAAAAAAAACGUUAUUUGAUCAAUGCUUAUUUUUAAAUCGCGUUUUCUUACAACGAGAAAUCAAGGCUCGUGUUUUUUUUAAUUCUCGAGGUACAUGUAAACUCACAAAUUCAUUUACCUUUUUUAUCUCAUUGAUCAUUCCUUGUUUUUUGAAAAACAAAAAUUUUAUACAAUUUUUGUAUUUGCGUUAUAAAAUUCUCUGUAUUAUAUUUAUAAAUAAGUUUCCAUUCG